AUGUCUGCUAAUACGUUAGUUAUUAACGGUAAGGCACCAGUUGUCGCCUAUGGUGAUUUAAUUGCUGCUCGUAUCAUCAAUGAUGCUAAACCAACUUCAAUUGAUAUUCAAUUCGUAGACGAUAAGAAGUCUGCUCCAUCAGUUUUUAAUGGAUCUUCUGAUUCCACUUUCUUGAAAAUCAUUGAAGGAUUCCCAGAAAUUUUCACCGAAAGUAACAAAGAUGCCGUUGCUGAAUGGACUAAAAUUGCUAACGAAGAACUUGUCGUUAAGAAUUUCCAAAAAUUAUCUGAAUCCUUGGGUAAAUUAGAUGCUCAAUUGAACUUAAGAACUUUUAUCUUAGGUGGGUUGAAGUACUCUGCUGCUGAUAUCGCUUGCUGGGGUGCUUUGAGAUCCAAUGGUAUGUGUGGUUCUAUCCUUAAAAAUAAAGUUGAUGUCAACGUUUCUCGUUGGUACAGUCUUUUGGAAAUGGAUCCAACUUUUGGUUCUGUCCAUGAAUCAUUAACCAAAUCUUUACAAGAACUGAAGAAAGUUUCCAAUUCGGGUAAGAAAAAGGAAACUCAUAAGGCCAAUUUUGAAAUUGAUUUACCAGAUGCCAAGAUGGGUGAAGUGGUUACACGUUUCCCACCUGAACCAUCUGGAUACUUACAUAUCGGACACGCUAAAGCAGCUAUCUUAAAUCAAUACUUUGCUCAAGCUUAUAAAGGUAAAUUAAUCAUUAGAUUCGAUGAUACUAAUCCAUCUAAGGAAAAGGAAGAGUUUCAAGAUUCCAUCUUAGAAGAUUUGGAGUUGUUAGGUAUUAAGGGUGACAGAAUCACAUAUUCUUCUGAUUAUUUCCAACAAAUGUAUGAAUUGUGUGUUAAGAUGAUCAAAGAAGGUAAGGCUUACUGUGAUGACACUCCAACUGAAAAGAUGAGAGAAGAACGUAUGGAUGGUAUUGCCUCUGCAAGAAGAGAUCGUUCUGUUGAAGAAAAUUUAAGAAUCUUCAAUGAAGAAAUGAAGAACGGAACUGAAGAAGGUUUGAAAAAUUGUGUUCGUGCUAAAAUUGAUUACAAGGCUUUGAACAAGACUUUAAGAGAUCCAGUUAUUUAUAGAUGUAACCUAACUCCUCAUCAUAGAACUGGUACUACUUGGAAGAUGUACCCAACCUAUGAUUUCUGUGUUCCAAUUGUCGAUUCUUUGGAAGGUGUUACUCAUGCUUUACGUACCAUUGAAUACAGAGAUCGUAAUGCUCAAUAUGACUGGAUGUUAGAUGCCAUGAACUUAAGAAAAGUUCAUAUUUGGGAUUUUGCUCGUGUUAACUUUGUUAGAACUUUGUUAUCUAAGAGAAAGUUGCAAUGGAUGGUCGACAAGGGUUUAGUGUCUAACUGGGAUGAUCCAAGAUUCCCUACUGUCAGAGGUGUUAGAAGAAGAGGUAUGACUGUUGAAGGUUUAAGAAACUUUGUUUUAUCUCAAGGUCCAUCUAGAAAUGUUAUUAAUUUGGAAUGGAAUUUGAUUUGGGCUUUUAACAAGAAGGUCAUUGAUCCAGUUGCCGCAAGACAUACUGCGAUUGUCGACCCAGUUAAGAUUCAUUUAGAAGGUGAUGAUGUUCCACAAACUCCAAAGACUGAAAUGAAACCUAAACACAAGAAAAACCCUGCAGUUGGUGAAAAGAAGGUUAUUUAUUAUAAGGAUAUCGUUAUCGACAAAGCAGAUGCUGAUCUAAUUGAAGAAAAUGAAGAAGUCACUAUGAUGGAUUGGGGUAAUGUUAUUAUCACAAAGAAAAAUGCUGAUGGUUCUAUGGUUGGUAAGUUACAUCUAGAUGGUGACUUCAAGAAGACCAAACAUAAGUUAACGUGGUUAGCUGAUACCGAAGAUGUUGUUCCAGUCGAUUUGGUUGAUUUUGAUCAUUUAAUUAGCAAAGAUAAGUUAGAAGAAGACGAAAGUUUCGAAGACUUCCUAACUCCAACCACUGAAUUCCACACAUCUGCUAUUGCUGAUUUGAAUGUCAAAGAUAUGAAAGUCGGUGAUAUUAUUCAAUUCGAAAGAAAGGGUUACUACAGAUUAGAUGCUGUAGCAAAGGAUGGUAAGCCGUAUGUCUUCUUCACCAUUCCAGAUGGUAAAUCCGUCAACAAGUACGGUGCCAAAAAAUAA